ACUAAGGACAUUUUGCAGAAGAAAAUAUGAAAGAUAUUAAAACAGAUGCAUAUAUACAAAAUACCAUAUUUUGGCCUUAGUAGUGCUCCUUCUAAAUUCUGCAAAGUAGUGCUUUAUGGUACAAGACUCUACUCUUACAAAAAGAAAUAUAAAGAGAUGUGGGUAAUACACAGUGAAAACCACACCAAAGAACAUGGUCAGCCUGCAAACCAAAAUUGUAGUUGUAAAAGCUUUGUCAGUGGGAAUCAGAAUUGAACUUCUGUGUACCUGCAUGGAAAUAAAUGCAAGAUCAGCACCUUAAGUGGGUGCCACAGGAGAUCACAGCAGAGUAGGAAAGUCAGAUUUUAAGAAAGGAGAUGUUUCCCAGUUUCACACUUUUAACAGCUCUGAUAGACUUCUCAAAUAAGGGAGUUAAAAUUUUAAGUCUUACUUUUGAUAGACUGAUUAUAAAAUCUACAGGAGAGGUUAAAUGGAAACUUUAAUUUCAUGGGUUAGGGAAUUAGGAGAGUGAAAUAUCUCACUAAGGAAAUGAAAACACUAGAGCAUUCUUCAGAAAUUUACUCUAGAAAUAGGGUAUGCUUCAGUCAUUGGAAAGAACUUUGAACUGAAUGUUAAAAAUCCUUCAAGAAUUUCCUAGUUUGAAAAAGAGACUAUUUUAAUUUUGUGUGGCUUCGUUAAUAUGUACCCUUAUUAUUACUAUUAUAGCAUGGCCAGUGCUACCAUAAUUUCUUCACAGUUUAUUCCCACAGUUGGAUAAAGAGUGCAAAGAUCUUGAAAGAUGGAUCCUGAAAUGCAGAAAAUGAGGGAAGUUGUCCUUGUCUACCUUGACAGAAGUGGUGGCCUUCAGAAAUUUGUGCAUGAUUGCAAAAAAUAUAAUGACUCAAAACAAAGUUAUGCUGUUUAUCGUUUCAUUAUUUCAAUUAAUCCUUCUGACAUUGCUGAAUUGGAUGCAACUCUUGGAAACUACAUUCUUCAUAAUCCCCUACAAGCUGCACAGAUUUUUCAGUCAGUAUGUUUCGUAGCUAUUAAGACAUUAUCAUUAAUUGAACAAUUGCAGACAGAAGCCCAGAUCAGUAUAUUGCUGAAACCAACACAUUUGCCACCUUUACCAAGUUAUGUUCUGAGUCUUUCUGCAUAUCCCUUUAAUUACACAUCUCAAAGAUUUUAUAUGUCUGAUGGGAUAGUGAUUGCAAUGGGAACUGUAACAAAAUACACACAAGGAGCAAGAUUUCUUUGUACUGAGGAAACCUGUCCUUUCUCUGAAGGAUUUAGGUGCAUCAGGGUGCAUUGUCCUGGAGCUACAGAGUCUGCUACAGUGAGGACUGAUUUUGUGUGUAGCUUGUGUUCUUCACCACUGCAGGAAGACAUGAAAUUUAGAGUACUUGGUGAUAAACAAAUAGUUGAAAUGAUUGAUGCUAAAAUGCUGAAUGCUUUGAAAGGAUAUUCCAAUGAUAAAUCACAUUUUAGGAUUCAGGCAUUUACAGUGUUCUUGAGAGAUGAACUGGCCAAUAAAAUGACAAUAGGAAACCACUACAGGAUUAUAGGAAUUCCAGCUUGUGUGCAAAAUGGUCUACAAGCUACGGCAUGUAUAGAAGUCAAUAGUGUACAGCUCUAUAAACCAAAUGGUCCUUCUUUUGUCAGUGACAAUUUUAAGUAUCUGCUCUCACUGACUUCAAGUUCAUGCUGGAGGUUUACUGCUGUCCUGGCCAACGUCUUUGCUUCUCAGGUUGUUCCACCAGGCACUUACAAUACUCUUAAACUUGCAAUAUUGUUGAGUCUAGUACAGACAUGUGAAAAAGAAAAUGCAGAUUAUCUGGAUCUCUUGGUUGUAACAAGUGACACGCUAAUAAUCGACAGGCUUCUGAAUUACAGCUUAUGUCUUCUGCCUCGUGGCAUACGACACCCACCUUCUAGUGAAAUUUUUCCUUCUGUGUCCAAAGAUAAACAUGGAACUGGAAGUGCCAGUAUUCAAGCCUGCAGUGCUGUGCUGGCCAAGGGUGGCAUCUGUUACAUAGGAGACUUAAGUUCAUAUAAAAAGGAUAAACUUGAACUUCUGCAGUCUGUGCUAGAGAGCAGAACAACAACAGUAUUUAUUCCUGGGAAGAAGUAUGGAGAAGAGGCUGACCAACAAGUUACUGUUUCAGUUCAGACCAACUUUUGGUCCCAUGUAGAUGUGGACUCUUCCUCAAAGAAACAUAUACAAAAGGAGAACUUUCUAAUUGGACAGAUGGAUGUGAGUUUGAUUCCAGUUAACCUUGUAGAUGGUUUUGGGCUCUUGAUCUACAAUGAGUUUCCUUCCUGUCACCUGUCUUCUUCUGUUGUACAUCAUGUCUUGAGAAGAGCCAUUAAUCCUGAAGCCAUGCUGUACAAAGUCUCACAGCAGUUCAGAACACAAGAUUACGAGGAGUUUAUUUUGUUUGCUAGGAAUCUUCAUGUUGAACUGAGUUCAGAAGCAGAAAGUCUCAUUCAGGGCUAUUAUCUUGCAAGUCGCAGGGUGAGAAGAGAUUCCAUUCAUGGAUCAACAUUAUCAGCCUCUGCACUAAAAAUUCUGAUCUCACUGUCUAAGGCUCAUGCCAAGCUCAGUUUAAGACAGACAGUACUUGAGGAAGAUGCAGUGAUUGCCAUCUUGUUACUUGAGUCAUCGCUGACCCUAAAACAUGGCACAUCUGUAUUAUGCAUAGCACCAAAUCCUGUAUUUCCAUUUGACAUCACUGAUGAAAACUCCCUGCAACAGAGAGAUAUUUACCUCAUGCAGUGUCACCAUCAAGUGCUGAAGUUUAUUGCUGCCUAUAGCCCAGGAAUUCACAUUAACACUAAUGAGGAGUAAAAUUCCCACUCUAAGUAAAGCCUGAGGCUUUGGCUUUUUGAGAGACUACAGUUAGAAAUACAAAAUUACUUCUCUUCGUGGCUACCACUCUCCAUUCACAGCUAAGUAAGGAGUAAUUUAGGAUUCAGGAUUUUUAUUAAGACUACAACUGAAAAUUAAACCACCAGUUCAGAAUCUAAUGUUUCAUUUCAGCUACCUGAAUUCUGCAGUUUUUCUUGUUGCUGCUUUUCAAAUAUAUCACCCAAAGGGUUAAGGAGCUUUAAGAACAUCAAAACCCUUCUUUUCCUAGUUUAAGUUAACAGUCUUUAA